UACUGAGGCAGCGGCAAAGACAUGACGACUUUCGUACCAUUCCAAACCCAGUUAGUAUCCAUAAUGGAUACACUGGCGAAAACGGCAGUAUUCGAGAUUUGUAAACUUGUCGACAUCGAAUCGAGGGGUCUAAAGCAGGAAAUUUCUCGGAGUCAAAGAGAAAUUGUCUCCCUGAAAAACAAACUGCACAGGAUGCAGAAUCUCAUCUGGACCGCCGGAGAACGCGAGCGCAAUGCCACAUGUGAAGACCGCGUCAGAACAACACAGGAGCAAGCGCCAAAAGAUCAAAACCCACUCCAGCACACCACAGAUAUUCCACACAUAAAGAGGGAGCCUUCAGAUGAAACCCCAGUCAGCCAAAUUUUGGAUGAUUUUCAAGUUGGCAAUGAACAGUCCUCAGAUACACAUGAAAUCACCCCCAUCAAGGAGGAGCAGCUGGAAGUGAAACUGUGUAACAGCAAUCCCUCAGAAAUGUUGAGCAGCUGUGAAGAUGAUAUGGGUUUGGGUAGUGACGAACAUGUGAGGACUCUUUUGACUGACAAAGAGGACGGUGAUGAAGGGGCCAGUGACUCAGCACCACCAGCUCUGCUCACCACCACCACAACUACAGUCAGACUAGUAUCAGACCUCUCCCGAACUUUACAGCCAGACACACACAAUGGUGAGACAUUUACCGAACCACACCAAACAACUCCCAAGAGAAACGGACCUUCGCUCUUCCAGCACAACAGACGGACAUUCGGGUCUCUGACCACGUCACAAAGGCCCGGCCUGACAACGAGCGCUCAGUGGAGCGGUGACCAAGGGCCAGACACCACACAAAACGGCGAGACGUCAACUGAGCCACACCACCACCAAACAACCCCCAAGAAAGCAGCUCCUUCUUCGCUCUUCCAGCCCAACACGCGGACAUUCGGUUCUUUCCCCGUGUCGCAAAAGCCCGGCCUAGCGGCGAGGGCUACGUGGAGCGGCAGCAGCAGCGGUGACCAGCGACUAUCAGGCGACCGCCGCUUCAUCUGCAACUACUGCAGCAAGCGUUUCCGCUGUAUCAGCCAGCUGGAGACACACCAGCGCAGCCACACGGGGGAGAAACCGUUUCACUGCACGCUGUGUGGGAAGCGCUACGCCCAGAAGGGCCACCUCUACAUCCACCAGAGGACUCACACGGGAGAAAAGCCUUACCGGUGCCUGACGUGCGGCAAGGGCUUCAUUCAGAAGUGCACGCUGGACAUGCACCAGCGCACUCACACUGGGGAGAAACCUUUCCGAUGCCUGCGGUGUGGGAAGGGUUUCACCAAGAAGUGUAACCUGAAGAAGCACCAGGCCAGUCACAUGGAGCUCGGCGGUGCAGGAGACUGCUGGGGCCCAUAUAUCGUUGAAUUUGUGGUGUCCCGGGGACGUACAGCACUCCGUACAAUGGAUACAUUGAUGGUAAAUGGAAUUAAUUUACAGACGCAGCUAAGUUCGAUCAUGGAUGUGCUAGCUAAAACUGCCGUCACUGAAAUAGGCAAAGUCAUCAAUGAGUGCGCGAUGGUCUUGCGCUUGGAGAUAUCUCAGCGCACAAAUGAGAACGACUCUCUGAGAAAACGGUGCGAAUUGUUAGAGCACCAAUUGAGAGCUGUGCGCAAUGGCGGUGGAGGGGGUGCGCAAAGGGCUGGAACGCCAAAGACCCCAGCCACCAACAGGGAAGAAUUCUUUGGUGAAGUCAGGCCCAUGUCAGGUGCCCAUGAUCCGUCCAUAGAGAACGUAUUCGGGAAGGAAUGGUGUAUGAAUUUAUGGAAAGAUGAAACUCCUCAGAUGGGCAAGAACAACACGCAGCUGGGUGCAUCACUUCUGCACGACGAAGCAAUAGACCUGGUGGAUGAUGAACCAGAUAUGAUCCUAAUCAAAGAGGAGGCUUUUGAAGAUUGCCAAGUGGACAGCCUUCACAACCUCCCAAGAAAUAAUAAAAGACCUUCUGCCUGCAGUAAGGAUGUUGGCCAGAGACUAACGGGCACAUCAUCUCAGCCGUGUGAAGCAGACUACAUGACCUACCCUUCCUCCACUGACGACCAGGAGCAGCCCAACCUCCUCUUCCGCUCCCCCGGGAACGUCCCCGAGAGCGGCCACAUCGCCGGUGGCGACGCAACAGACUCUCCACUGGGCUCCGAGGACUACCCGGGCUUUUAUCCCGGCAACAGUAACUUUGGCAACGCCAACAGCAACGGGGGCAACUUCAGCGGAGUCGCUCAGAACCAAAGGGGGGGUAUCAACAACACUAACAAUGCCGGGGACAAAAAAUUCAGCUGCGUGUUUUGCGGCAAAAGUUUCAACUACCUGAGCUACCUCAAAGUGCACGUGCGGCGGCACUCCGGCGAGAAGCCGUUUGGCUGCAACGUGUGCGGCAAACGCUUUGCGCAGAAGACCUACCUCAAGCUGCACGAGCGCACCCACUCGGGGGAGAAACCAUACACCUGCAUGGAGUGCGGCAAGAGCUUCUCGCAGAAGAGCUCGCUCAACGUACACCUGCGCAGCCACACAGGGGAAAAACCAUACAGCUGCCUCGAAUGCGGAAAGAGCUACGCCUAUAAACACGGCUUCAACACCCAUCAGUGUGUGGGCUAGGCCUAGGGAAAGGGGCAGGGAAGCUGACAGGGGGUAGUCAAAGGGGUCAGUUGUCCUGGGCCUAGGGAGGGUGUGGCAGUAUUGAGUUCUGAUUACAUUGUAUAUGUGGGGAUGGCUUUCAUUUGGUUUUGUCCCAGGCCCAACCAACCAGCCAACACUGUCAGCGGCAACUGCCGUCAUUGGGCAAACUAGCAAGUCAUCAGUUGUUACAUUAAGUAGUCCCACAGAAUCUCAGGGGUAUGUUUGAGAGGGCACAGGCCAAGGGGAUACUCAGAACAGAGAAGGGAUUGCAGGUUUUUGUUUUGUUUUACAAUAGCAAGAAAUGUAUUUUAAGGGAGCCUACAAACGUUACACUGACACUGGUUCCAGAACCCCAGUGCCAUAUUCAGUUGAUCAAAGGACAGUUCUAGAUGAAGAGGGUUCUGCAUAGAAAAUUCUCUGUUAAAGGUGCACUGUGUAAUAUUUUUGCUGUUUCUUAGCAGAAUUCAUGCUGCCCAUUCAUUGAUGUUACCUUUUUCAUGAAUACUUACCACCACCAUCAAAUUUUGUUAAGUAUGCAUUAUGACUGGGAAAAUUGCACUUUUCAUACAUGAAAAGGGGGAUCUUCUCCAUGGUCCGCCAUUUUGAAUUUCCAGAAAUAGGCAUUUUUAGCUGCAAAACUCACUAUACUUUGGUCAUACUAAUAUGAUUUAGUAAAUAUUCAUUUAAAAAAAUCAAAUUUGGCAGUAGGCAGCACAGUUUCAAUGAGCAGCGUAGUUGCAAUGCCUAUUCUGGACACAAUCUUACACAGUGCACCUUUAACCCUGCUUCCAACCCACUUUCCAAUAUGCAGAUGAAAGAAACAUGUAGCAAUUCUAUAGUGCUUCCUCAAAUGUGACUCAAAAGACAUGUCCUUUAUCCAUAUUACAAUUGAUGAGCGUAACUGUCUGUGUCAGAAGGACUGCACUUGUGUGAGGUACAAACACUCUUAUACUCUUACACUAUUAUGGGGUUGGGAAAAGUGCAUGUUAUUUAAAAUCAGAUUAAUCUUGUGGCAUUGCCUAAUUGUUCAGUGUUCAGGUUUUUUGAGUCGGUGAGUCACUGGUUUUAUGUUACUAACAUGUAAGGAUUCGAAAGGCUUUGAAAUGUUCUACCUUUGCGCUGUCUUUCUGGAGGGCCACUUGUAAAGGUUUACGUCUUGAAAUUGUCCAACUCUUCAAAUCUGAUUUGUUUUAAGAAGCCCAGCUAUUGUUGUCAAUAAAGGUUCACUGAUAUGGGCGGGGUCAUAUUCCAGAUGGUGAAAAUUAAACUGAAAAAAUGUGGAAUAGAUCUUGUCUCCAGUAACACCUACGUACACUGGCCUACACAUACAUGUCUGUGAAGAACAAUGGUAACCAAUUUUGAUAUAGGGUUGGCCAUUGUCGUAUUGAAUGGCAUUCUGAGUUCUGUGGGGGCAAAUACUUCCAACAACAAAAACACAGACGGAUGAAGAAUUUGUCACUUGAGUAUGUGCCAUGUUGCAGGUAUCCACAAGAGUUUACAAAGUUGCUGAAAUAAACCAUGUUAACCUGA